AGACAUGGUUUUCCGCAGAGAGCACUUUGAGCGUCCUGUGGCGUACGAGAAAUUCAGCGAUGCUCUUUAUGCCAGCGACGAUGGACCGGAGAGCUGCUCAGAUAAUGACGGUAAAACCACUUCAGAACUUCGGCGGUACAAGUUGGUCGCAGCCACCUUUGGACUUUUGUGCCUGCUGCAGCUCAGUCUUUCCGUUUCUCUUGCUCUUUCAGCUUCCAGCAAUAAGAGUCUGAUUGAGAGGGAGAAAGAUGAACUGAAGACACUGAACUCUGGCCUCAGUGCCAGGAAUAAAAACCUGACAGCAGAAAGAGAGCAGCUGAGGAGGAAUCUAAGCGACGUUGUUUCACAACAUAAUUCUCUGACUAAGGAGAGAGACGAACUAAGGAAGACCAACCUUGGUUUCUUGUCCAGUCUGAAAAAUCUGACUGCAGAGAGGUCAAUGCUGCUCAGAACCAUCGAAGGUACUGAAGCCGAAAACAAAAAUGUGUCUGAACAGAGGGAUGAGCUGAGGAAAGAGCUUCAAAACCUCACUUUAGAGUUCAGUUUCCUGACUGAGGAGAGAGACGAGUUGAAGGAGAUCAAUCUUGGUAUCGCGGCAAAUCUGAAAAACCUGACCGACGUGGGAGAAACGCUGAUCAGAACCAUCAAUGUCACUGAUGCUGUCAAUAGAAAUUUGACUGAAGAGAGAGACGAGCUGAGGAAAAAUCUCAACAACCUUGCUUUACAUCUCAGUUCCCUGACCAGUGAGAGAAACGAGUUGAAGAAGUUAAACUCUGACAUUGAGGCCAGCCUGAAAAAUCUGACUGAAGAGGGUAAAAAACUGAUCCAAACCAUCCAAAGUAUUGAGUCCGAUCACAGGAACGUGACCGGAGAGAGAGACGACCUGAUGAGGGAGCUGGAUGUGUUCACUUCACAGCUUGCCGCCAUGACUAAGGAGAGAGAUGGUCUAAAGAAGAUUAACUCUGAUAUUGAAGCCAAUAGCAACACGUUGAGAGAAGACAAGGAGGAAAUCAACAGGAGGCUGAAUGAUUUGGAAUCCAAACAGAAUGCCUUGACUGAAGAAAGAGACACUUUGAGGAAAACAAAGUUGUACAUCGAGGCCAUGUCCAGAACAAUCAGUCAGGAACGAGAUGAGCUGAAGGCAAAGGUCAACACUUUAAAUCAACCAGGAUGGGAGCUUUUUGGAGGCAAUGCGUACUACGUUUCUUCUGACAAAAAGAACUGGCAAGAGAGCAGAAAUUACUGUCAGUCAAAAGGCGCGGACUUGAUGAUCGUCAACAGCAGAAGCAAACAGGUUUUUGCAAACAAGUUUCAGAAGUACAUGUGGAUUGGACUGACGGAUGGAGAAACAGAGGGAACAUGGAAAUGGGUCGACGGGAGUCUAGUUACCACAAGCUUCUGGGCAGAUGGCGAGCCAAAUGGUAAAACACUGGAGAACUGUGGGAACAUAAAGCAUCACUUUUCGGAGAGAAGCUGGAACGAUGAACAUUGCUCCUUUAACCUCAACUGGAUCUGUGAAUUAAAGCUAAUCUCGUGACAAUGAUUCACGAGAUUAGCAUUAAAAAAAAAGAAAAACAUAAAAAAAACACACUUAUUAAAACUCUCUGAUGUUGAUCAUGUUUGUCUGCUUUGUUUGGAUGUGAUGAUCUGAAGGUGAUACUGGAGAUGUAUUGAUACAAGUUUUUGUGAGCGAUUUCAAAUCUUUGGUGUUUGAUCAAAGUUUGACCCGCUGAGUCUGAUUUUAAAUGAUCACAAUUUCUCUUAUAAAAACAUUCAAAUUUAGUUUCCACACUCUCUGCAGUGAGUAAUCUUUAAUUAUUAACAUUAGGAGUAGAGGCAACUACAGACGUGUAAAAAUUAUUGUUUUCCAAGAA